AUGCCCGCAGAGAUCGUCGAAUUGAUCGCAGGCCACCUAGGCCUUUCUGAUCUCCGCAGCCUACGCUUCGCCUGCAGAGACGUCAACGCGAAAGUCACUGCGAGCAGCCGCUUCGAAGGCUUUUGCGUUCACAAGAAUGUCGAGUUGCGGAAGUCUAACGUGGAAGAGCUAGGAGCUCGGCUUUGCGAGCCAGGUGUCCAGAAGUAUCUGGAGCAUUUGACAAUCACAGGUGUUCUCAUUGUCACGAAAGGCCUGGAGCGCAUCAUUCGGGAAAAGACAAAACCGGCCAAUCUUGAAGAUCCUUGUGGCAUGAGGCGUGACAUGAUUGGCAAUCGCUCCAAUCCACAACGUGUUGCAGCUUCUCAGUCUGAGGUGAUAGACGCUGAGUCUCAGCUGUCUGACUUCAAAAGGCAAAUCCAUACUGUCGACAUAGAGCGAACGGCCGGUCAUGAUUCAAGUGCCCUGGCUGAUUUAUUCCAAAUCAUCAAGACGCACUGCAAAGCGGCUGGGCUCAAGAGUCUCACUCUCGAUCUGGUUGUCCGUAGAGAGCAGACUACUUUCCUGUCGCCAGCCGUGGGCGCUCCAUUUCGACAGGUCUGGGAGACCGCGCAACAUGUUCUUUCCGUCUCGCUGCAAGCCUGGCAUCGUAGCGCUAUCAGGAUAGAACGCCUGGACGUCUUCUCUGAGACAGAAGCCUGCGGGGUACAGGCCUGCACUUUCGCUGCCCUCCAGAACCAAAUUGACUUCAAAAACCUCUACGGACUAAGGGCGUUGUCUCUGAGCAUUAGCAACCGAAUGCUUCCCCUCAGUGCCUCCGAACAGAUUCGCGAUGCCGACACGGAUGAGGAGCGUCCAGACGAGCGACCAAGCAUCAUGCGCGAAAACGGACACCCGUAUGCGAACGCCCAGCAAACUCAUGUGGCGCUCAGGGAAGAACGUAUGAGAUUGCUGAAUGACCCAGAUAAUAUCACCGGGCUCGCAGACUGGCUGCGACGGACGACAAGCCUAGAAGAGCUAUUUAUCCGUAAUUAUUGGGUACUCAAUAGUUUCGAUACCUCUGCUCCCGCUCUUGCUGGCCGCAAAGCCUUGGUUGGAUACCUCGCGGAAAGCGUACCACUUCCGAACCUGCGCAACUUAAUCUUGCGGAGCGCGGACAUCGAAAUCGGCGCGCUCCUAACACUUCUGAGAAACAGUCCACGCCUGAAGUCACUCGCCAUGCGAGAAGUGACCCUAACUGCAUCGAACGGCCAAAGCUGGAGGACAGUGUUUGCCCAUAUAACCUCCCAUGGCGCGGAAUUGACCCAUGUCUACUUUGACAAUCUCUUCGAGGAGACUGAGCAGCAGCACAGCUACGUCACUUGUUUUACCCCAGGUACCGAGCCUGGGUACAGCAUCAGCAGCGGUGAAGAUGGAAGUGCUCGAUUGCGAAGACUGGGACUAGUUCAGUGGGACUUCUGCAGGCCGAGCGCAAACGGCUGGAAUGCAUUCGAGCUUCACCGGCGAGAGGACGUUCUAAGAGGCAUUGAAUACCAGCUCAACCCACAGUAUAUUGUUGGCUCGGUGCAGAACUCAAUGUGGAUGGAACAACGAAGGCGCAAUCACGGUCCUCUUGGAUAGAGUUGACUCCUUGAAGAGUAAACAAGCUCGACUCAGAAGGAAAACGCGUCGUUGCUAUGGUCAACUGACCUAGCAACUAGGCUCUCGUCGAAGGAAACAUUUCAGGGUUUAGGACAUAAGGGAAUCGCACGGGACAGACGCAAUCGAACCAUUCCGUUUCUAGAGUUACAGUAUUUCGUGAGAGACCAAUACAACUCGAUCGGCUCUCGUGUAUGAAUAGAAUCACCUUUAGACCCAGCAAACUCAAGAUCCUUCUUUUUCAC